AUGGUCGUCAUGUUCCUCGCCUUCCUCCUCGCCCUCUUCCUUUUGCCAUGCAUUCUCAUGCCCGAACAAGUCUGGAAGGCGUUUAACGUUGGCGAUGAUACAAAUAACUUCGGCUUGCAUAAAAUCAAUCUUGUCGCACUCGGGAUUCCCGUGCACGAAUCCGGGCCUCCUAUUUGCAUGGCAAAGCUGAUCAUGCUGAGACAUAAGAUAAACCAGAGUGGACAAAAAAAGCGAAGUCGACCCCGCCAUACCCGUUCUCCCUCGCGCACAAACAUGCUAUUCCCCCAGCGACCGCGCACUUUUGCAUGGAUGAAGUUUGGAAAGCAGAUGCGCUAG